AGGGUUACCCACAGGCUAUAGCACCCUGCAAAGUCUGCCUGUGAGUCAGCUCAGGGAGGCCCAGCCCCUUCAGGAGAGCCUGAUUUAGGAUCGGCCCCUGCUUCCAGGCUGGGCUGGGCUGCAUUUCCUCACAAGACCCAGUCUUAAUAGCAACUCCCUAGCUGCCUAAAGUGUCACAUUUUGCUCAUUCCCAAGCCUUCUCCCCCACCCCUUUCCCAGACAACUUGCUGGUGAGCAGGGGGUGUUGUAAGCCACCUCCAGCCUCUUCCUUUGGUGACUGCUGUUAAGCAACUUUCAGCUCCUCUCAUUGCAAUAGUAUGAACUUCCUCGGGAAUCCCAGGAGCCACACAGCAGCUUUUCUGCCGGUUUGCUGGCUCCUUUUGAAUAUUCUGAAACCUGGGCACUGCCACUCUUACGACAACCGCUAUGCUGGUGAUAAAGUGAUAAGACUCAUCCCCAAAUCCGAAGAGGAAGCACUUGCACUCAAGAACAUAUACCACCAACUUAAGGUGGACCUGUGGCAGCCCAGCAGUAUCUCCUAUGUGUCAGAGGGGACAAUUACUGAUGUCCAUAUUUCCCAAAAUGCUUCCAGAACCCUGUUAGCGUUCUUACAGGAAACCCACAUCUACUACAAGGUCCUCAUAGAAGAUCUUCAGAAAGCUGUGGAAAAUGAAAACAGCUUGCAAACCCAGAGAAACAGAAGAUCCCUGUCUGAAUACAACUACGAGGUGUAUCACUCCUUAGAAGAUAUUCAGAGUUGGUUGCACCAUCUGAACCAAACUCAGCCAGGCCUCGUUCGAGUGUUCUCUAUUGGAAGAUCAUACGAAGGAAGACCUCUCUUUAUUAUGCAGCUGGGCAGAAAAUCACGAGCCUACAAAAGAGCUGUCUGGAUAGACUGCGGCAUUCACGCAAGAGAAUGGAUCGGUCCUGCCUUUUGUCAGUGGUUUGUAAGAGAAGCCAUUCUGACCUACAAGACUGACCCAGCCAUGAAAAAAAUGUUGAAUCAUCUGUAUUUCUAUAUCAUGCCUGUAUUCAAUGUCGAUGGAUACCAUUUCAGCUGGACACAUGAUAGAUUCUGGAGAAAGACCCGGUCAAGAGACUCUAAGUUUCGCUGUCGUGGAGUUGAUGCCAAUCGCAACUGGAAAGUGAAAUGGUGCGAUGAAGGAGCCUCCGCACACCCUUGUGAUGAUACAUACUGUGGUCCUUUCCCAGAAUCUGAACCAGAAGUGAAGGCUGUAGCUAACUUCCUUCGAAAACACAGAAAGCGCAUCAGGGCGUACCUGUCUUUUCAUGCCUAUGCUCAGAUGUUGCUAUAUCCUUAUUCUUACAAAUAUGCAACAAUCCCCAAUUUUAGCUGUGUGGAAUUUGCAGCUCACAAAGCUGUGAAGGCACUUCGGUCGGUACAUGGGAUCCGAUACAGACAUGGCCCCGCCUCCCAAACACUGUCUUCUCUAUCCAGGAUGCAUUGUUGCCCCUCACGGCCCAGGAAACCAGAUCACUACCACCUACUACCGCCCAUCAUAGGAAACAUCCAGAGCCCACCUGUUCUUCCAGAUGCCUCACCAAUAUUUGUCUUUCCAUUUUCUGCCAAAACUGACCUCUCCAGUGCACCUCAGAAAAUGAGUGCAAUCCUCAGCCAUCAUCAAGAAACGUCCUGUUGGCAGCAGAUGGGGACCAUUACAGAAAACCACAAUUGAAAGUAAAUGCAGAGUUUUGGAACACAGUCCCAAUGGUACACCUACAAAACAACUCCUGCACCCAAGGUGUGGGGAGCACUGCAGAAAAAAGAGUGGAAAGUUGGUGAUCUAGACGAUCAGGGAGUUUUCUGUGAGACUGUGUCUCCGAGUACUGUCAGAGGCUAUACCCAUAAAGUCUCAUCAACAUGACUGCCCAGACAUGUAUGAGCUGUACAAGAACAGCAAUACACACUCCAAAGUGGACAGCAGAAAGACCACAAGACCUCAACCCUACACAAAGAACUAUAGGUAACUAGGAAGUGCUGAGAGUGGGAGAAAUAGUCUUCCCCAGGGUGAAGCACACUCAAUGCCAAAUGGCCAGCCCUGACAGAAUACAGAUUGAAUAGCUUAGGUUUAGAAAUAUAUAGGUGUAUGCAUAUAUGCAUGUAACAGCAAUUCAUGAAAAAAAGAGGCUAUGAAUUUGAA